GAGCCGCGGCGCGGAGCAAACUUAUCGACAUUGCAGGUCGACAUGGAUCAGCAGCAACUACUACAACACAUCAUCUUCUCUCCACAAACACUGCUCACUCUGCUCCUCUGCUUCCUCUCCUUCCUGCUACUACGAUACUACCACAAGCAGCCGGACCAAGGCCGCCGCCGGCUCCCUCCUUCGCCUCCAGGGAGGUUCCCCAUCAUAGGCCACCUGCACCUGGUGAGCCCCGAAUCCCCCCACGUGUCCCUGGCCGAGCUCUCCAAGAAGCACGCGGGGCCCGACGGGCUCCUUCUCCUGGACCUGGGCCAGGCGCGCACCCUCGUGGUCUCCUCCCCGCGCGGCGCGGAGGCCGUCCUGCGCGCGCACGACCACGCCUUCGCCUCGCGCCCGCCUUCCGCGGUAGCCGACGUACUCUUCAGCGGCGCCUCCGACGUCGCGUUCGCGCCCUACGGCGAGCGCUGGCGCCAGGCCCGGAGGCUCGUCACCACGCACCUGCUCAGCGCCGGCAAGGUGCGCGCCCUGGCCGGCGCCCGCGGCGAGGAGGUGGCCCUGGUGCUCGCCAAGGUCCGGGCCGCGGCCGGCUCCGGACAGGCCGUGGACCUGAGCGAGCUGCUGGGCGCCUAUGCCAACGACGCCGUGUGCCGCGCCGUGUCCGGCAAGUCCUUCCGGGAGGAGCGCCGGAACGAGCUGUUCUGGGAGCUCAUCGCCGGGAACGCAGCCGUGUUGGCCGGGUUCGGCAUGCAGGACUUCUUCCCGGGGCUGGCCAGGGUGCGCCUGCUCCGGAGGCUCUUGCUGGCUAGGACCAUCGGGCUCAAGAAGAGGUGGCACGAGCUGCUCGACAAGAUUAUAGACGACCACGCAGCCAAGCUAUCUUCUUCUUCAUCGCGGAAACAGCAUGAGCGACACGACGAGGAGCAGGAAGAUCAGGAGAGAGACUUUGUAGAUGUUCUCCUCUCUCUCCAGCACGAGUACAAUCUUACGAGAGACAACAUCAAGGGCAUCUUGAUCGACAUGUUUGCGGCGGGCACAGACACGUCAUACAUUGUCAUGGAGUUCGUCAUGGCGGAGCUCAUGCGGAAGCCACACGCCAUGGCCAAGCUCCAAGCUGAGGUGAGGGGCCAAACGCCCAAGGAUCAACAUACGGUGAAAGAGGAGGACUUGAGCGGCAUGGCGUACCUGAAGGCUGUCGUGAAGGAGACACUCCGGCUGCACCCGCCGGUGCCGCUCCUCCUCCCGCGCGUCGCCAUCUCCAGCUGCGACGACGUCAAUGGAUACGCUGUCCCGGCGGGGACACAUGUCGUCGUCAACACGUGGGUUCUGGGAAGAGAUGCACAGUCUUGGGGGGAGAACGCAGAGGAGUUCAAGCCGGAGAGGUUCAUGUUGGACGGUGGCAGCGAGGUCGACUACAAGGGGAGGGAUUUCCAGUUCCUGCCGUUCGGAGCCGGGCGGAGGAUCUGCCCCGGGUUGGGUUUCGGGAUGGCCUCCGUGGAGACGAUGCUCGCCAACCUUGUCUACUGCUUCAAUUGGGAGCUCCCCCGUGGGAUCCGUGAGGAGGACAUAGACAUGGCCGACGUGUUUGGGCUGACCAUGCGUCGGAAGGAGAAGCUUCUUCUUGUCCCAACGAUACCACCGGAUCUCGAGCAUGAUGCUUGCGGUAGGUCAGCUUAAGUUCUUGCCCAACGUCUUGCGCCGGCGUUGCUAGAGAACACGUGUCUAGCCAACAGAGAUAAUUAAUCACUCCGUUCUAUAGGACGAAGUAUGAUGCAAGUACUCAACACUAUAAAACUUCGCACGCUAAUAUGUACGAGUGUACUUGAAUCGAACAUUUUGUAAUUUAUAGUAAAUUUCAUAAAGCACGUAAUUUUGUGCAAUUGGCACAAAACCACCGGUUGACGUCAA